AGGAAGCUCACUCGCCGCCCUCCGGGGCGGGAUGAAGACCGCGCAUGCGCAAUGCGCUGAGUUCCGCUUUCCGGCCCGCUCUGCCUGCUGGCCAUUGCGGGGCUGUGAGGGGAAGGUCCAGCUGUGUAUGUGUGCCCGCUCAUCUUUGGGAAAUGUCCAAAGUUUCCACUUACGCCCUUCGAAUGGCCCGUCUGAGUGCUCAGAUAUUUGGAGAAGUUGUCAGGCCAACUGACUCAAAAUCCAUGAAAGUUGUAAAGUUAUUCAGUGAGCAGCCUAUAGCCAGAAGGAAGGAGGUCUACAGCUGGUAUCCACCUCACAACACCUACUAUGCCCUCAUGAAGAAACUCCGUUUUCUUGGUCUCUACAGAGAUGAGCAUCAGGACUUCAAAGAGGAGAUGAGGCGGUUGAAAAAGCUCCGUGGAAAGGAAAAACCAAAGAAGGGCGAAGGAAAGAGAGCUCUCAAGAAGAAAUAGUGCCCACUGGACAAUAUAACAACUGUGGAAGUGCUGAAGAACACCUGUAACCCACAGUUUCUGUUCCCUGAUGGAGGGGGCUUAGUAUGAGAGCUUCAUUUGGAGCACAAGAAACACGUGAAAUACUGGAGUCCACCUUGGGAGUGCAUUUGGGUCUUAGUGUUUUGCUGGGUAUUAUUAAUUCCUGUAUCUGAAGUAUUCUGGAUGCUGUAGCACAUUUGUUUAUCAUGAGAGCCUUCCUGUACCCAAGUAGUAACAACAAUGGUUGGAAAAGAAAAAAAAAAGUCUCUGUGUUUUCCUUGGAUACAUCAGCAGCCAUGUUCCAGUUUUUCUGGAUCUGGAAAAUGUCUUUUUUCCUCUUUUACUUUCUUGCAUUGCUAUCAAUGCUGUUUUGCAUGUGACCACAAAAAGAAAAGAAGUGUUUCCUCCUUCUGCUGCUUAUUAUCUUGCCUAUUAGGUUGAGUUUUGCUCCAGGUAGCUUCAACAUUGAUUAUCUUUUUAAAGUUGCUGUUAGAAUCUAUGGUUUUGCACUGCAUAAUCCUUGAUGUUCCAUUGCCUGCCUGCAGCAUCUCAUUGUACCUUGAAUAUUUAGAUACUGCCAUAGAAGCAACUGAAAAACGAGGGCUGAAGCUGCUUUCAGGACCCUCUCCUAAUUAAAAUACAUAAUUAAUAUUUAACAUAAUGUAAAAGGAUGUUGAAUAUAGUUCAGUUGCCUAUUGGACACGCGAAGUGCUUCAAAAAGUACAAAGCAGUUUUAUAGAUAUGCACUAAGUGUUUGGUUUUUUUUAUAGCUAUGCCCCUUCAGUGUUGUUAAUAAUGACGUGUACUUUCUUUACCUGUCACUCACUGUCAGGAAACACAAAGUAUAGAAUGUAACUCUGCUGCUUUGUUGGCCACAUAUGUAUCCUGCCCGGAAGUGCCUUGAAACUAUAUCUUUAAUUUCAGGCCCCAGAAACCUAGAGGAACAGCCCUGAGCUACUGAAAGAGAGCUGUUCAAACCUUAGAAUGUCUGAGGCAGAAAGUGUUGCACAGUAAGCUUGGGGCAUGCUUAAUUCUUGCAUACAGAGUCAUUCUAAAGUAGGUAACUACUGACCUGGGGCCACUUCUAAACCAAGCUUGUUGAAAUGUGUUUUUAGAGGGGCUUGUCUGAUGGGUGAAAUUGAUGGAUUUACAUAAAUUUGUAACAGCUUCACAUUUUUUUUUCCUUCACCAAUGUUAUGAACUCAACUAGUGCCAAUUGAAUUAAAGGUGCUACUUGCAGAUGCUGUAGGGUCAAAUUAACUGUGGCAGCUGUGGACUGCUGGUGUCUGUAGUAGCAGCAGCUAUGUUGGCCAGGACUUGGCAUCUUCAGAAACUGAACUGAAAAUCAAAUGUUUUCUCUGCAUUUUAAAGAGGAAAAUGCCAACAGCAAGCUUUGCUUUCCUGGGAAUGUAUAAGUAUACACAAUGAAGCAUGCACACAGCAAAAAUUGACUGUAUUUCUGCUCCAGUAAAGAAUACACAAUCUUAAA